AUGAAUAUUAGAUGUGCAAGACCAAGUGACUUGAUGAAUAUGCAGCACUGCAAUUUACUCUGUCUGCCAGAAAACUAUCAAAUGAAAUAUUACUUUUACCAUGGCCUAUCAUGGCCUCAGUUGAGUUAUGUUGCUGAAGAUGAGAAAGGACAUAUUGUUGGAUAUGUACUUGCUAAAAUGGAAGAGGAUGGGGAAGACAAUCGUCAUGGACAUAUAACAUCCUUAGCGGUCAAAAGAUCACACCGCCGCCUUGGCCUAGCACAAAAGCUUAUGAAUCAAGCGUCACUUGCAAUGGUGGAGUGUUUUCAGGCAAAAUAUGUAUCACUACAUGUAAGGAAGAGCAACAGAGCAGCCCUUAAUCUUUACACAAACUCAUUGGGUUUCAAAAUCCUAGAAAUUGAGCCGAAAUACUAUGCAGAUGGUGAGGAUGCAUAUUCAAUGAUGAGGGAUCUUAGUGCUUUUGCAGCAGAUAAUAAAUCCGAACAAUCUGAAAAUUUGGAAAUCAAGUCAGAGUCAGCUAUUGUAUCACAGUGUUAA